UUCGAUAUAGAAAAUGAAUGUGCUGCGCUCCUUUUGCAUGCUAUUUGAAUUUAAUCUCACUGUGUAUCACAGUCUUUGCUUUGUUUUUUGGCAUCAUCUGCUUUUCAUCACACUAUUUUGAAACAGGAAGUCGGGUAGGAGUGCAUCACAGAGGACAAACCUGAUGCUGCCACUCCUCACCUACUCAGUCGUAUGCACAAAGUGCAUUGUGGGAGCUUGGUGUGAGAGCAUAGGAGGAAACGGUGCCGCAGCGUCCAGGGGCCCAUCUGGGCAUUAUGCGCAUGAAGGCUCCGCCCCGUCACAAGCAUGCAGUCAAUGGGAAUCCAACUGUGGAGCCUUUUCCAGAAGGCAUGGAAACCAUCAUGUUUGGAAUGGGCUGUUUCUGGGGAGCUGAGAAACUCUUCUGGCGGCUUCCGGGAGUCUUUUCCACCCAGGUGGGCUACGCCAGCGGUUUCACACCCAACCCCACCUACGAGGAGGUCUGCUCAGGUCUGACAGGACAUACCGAGGUGGUGAGGGUGGUCUUCUCCCCCAAAGACAUCAGCUUCGAGGAGCUGCUCAAACAGUUUUGGGAGAACCACGAUCCUACACAAGGUAUGAAGCAGCACAAAGACAUAGGUACUCAGUACCGCUCGGCCAUUUACACAUCCAACCCCACUCAGCAGCUGCUCGCUCUGCAGAGUAAAGAGGCCUUCCAGCAGGAGCUUGAUAAGAAUAACUACGGUCCCAUCACGACUGUGAUCCUGGAGGAGCGGCAGUUCUACUACGCUGAGGAUUACCACCAGCAGUACUUGAAGAAGGUACCGAAGGGCUACUGCGGCCUGAAAGGCACCGGGGUGUCCUGCUCCAUCGGGGCCAAGUAGGAUGAGCAGUGACGGCUCAGUGGUGUAGAAAAACGAAAGAGGACAGAAAAGGGAUUUUAAUAAGAGUAAUGAAAAACUGUUUCUCGUGCUUUUUUUAAUUUUUCCCAUACACGAGUGAGAUGAAUGUAUUUCCAGUGUAUCUGUGCUUUAAAUUAUUAUAAAUAAGCCUAAUAUAAUAUAUUCAAAGCCGUAGCCAUGAAAAAUACAAAUGAUAUAUACAAAGUUGAGUUUCGGUAUAACUCAUGCAUUUAUCAAAUUGCACUAUAUAUGUUUAAAAGAAAUUAUGACAAAAGUUUAAUUAUAUGUGGAAUACGAAUGACCAUCAUUUGAAACGCGCCCGUGUUCCUUGUUCAGGUUUUCAAUCUGCUUUUCUUGGAGAAUUGCUUUCAAAAGUUUCAGGCAUUAUUUCUGUAACUCCUUGCAUCCAUAUACCUGGCAGGUCUCUUUAGAAUGAGCCUCAGUCUUCAUGUGAGCAGAAGGUUGAUUCUUCUUGAAAGAAGGGACAUAAUGUCAAAUACAGUAUGAAUAGUUACUGUACGCAAAGUUUGGUAAAACAAUCUUUUUUAAAAAAGAUUUCGAUCAAUUAUAGAUUUCUUUCUCCUUUAAAAAAAUAAACUUACAAACUAAUUGUUUUUGUAAGUGCGGGUUUAACGAGUUGAACUUUAAAUUUGUCCACUGAAUUGCAUUAACAGCCAGCCGCCACAAGGUGGCGACAUUUCUUAACAGUUUGAGCUCUUGCCUUUUUUUGUUCCAACAACAAAUCAACAAUGUAGAAACUUAUUUUGGACCAUUGGUAAAUCUAAAAAACCACCUGAAUUAUUUGAUUCAUUCAUUCACAAAGCUAGUGUUCUGUGGCUUUUUUUUUUUUUUUUUUUUAAUUUGAACUGUAAUGUGAUCAGAAUCGGAGAAGUAGCUACAUACAUAUCUUUUUCUAUAAAACCGCCUCUGAUUUGCACAUCUUUCACUUUGGGAAUAAUAAAAUCUUUCCU